UAUGAUCAUGAUCAUCUCUUGAGAAUUAUUACAGUCUUGCAGAGAGUGACAAAUUUAAUUUAAAAAAAUGAAGUUUGGGAAAGAAUUUGCAUCCCAGAUGGUGCAAGAAUGGCAGACAGCAUACAUGGAUUACAAUUCUUUGAAGAAUAUCCUCAAAGACAUUAUGCGUUUCAGGCAAAGAACACAAACGGCCGCCCCAACUCCUGCUGGAUCAUCAUCAUCAUCGUCCUUGAAGAGAAGGGUAUCCCUUUACAGGGCCUUUAGUGGACUCACUAAUCGUUACAACAACUUCAGAAAUUCUCACCAUAACGAUACCUUUGCCGCCGCCGAUGAUGAUGAUCAUGUCAUACUGGUGAAUGCAGAGGAAGGAUCGGGUCCUUACCAGACCAAGUUCAUGUUGUCUUCCGAGGAAGGAGGGCAGUAUGAAGCUGUCUUCUUUAAGCGGUUGGAUGAAGAAUUUAACAAAGUUGUUAAGUUUUACAAAGAUAAGGUUGAUGAAGUUAUGAAAGAUGCUGAUAAUCUUACCCAACAAAUGGAUGCUCUUAUUGCUCUUAGGAUAAAGGUCGAUAUUACUCCAAUUUCGAUUGAAUUGAGUAAAGUUCCAGCUCCGGCUGCAACAGGAAGAAGGCCAGGAAGAAUGGAUAUAAUUGAAGAAGUUGAUCAGAUGGACUCAGAAGGGGGUAUGGUUGGUAAAGAACAAAAGAAGACAAAUAAUUCUUCAUCUGCAGGUUUCAGGCGAUCUCCAAUAGAGGUAUUGGAUCAUGUGAAAAUGAAUGUUGAAGCAGAGACACCUGUAUCCACCAUGAUGAAGCUUCUCAAGAGUUCAAACUCUGAUUUGAAUUGUACAAAAGGGGAACUGAGAAAAGUUGAAGAUAUUCUAAGACAGGCUUUUGCUGAAUUCUAUAAGCAACUUAGACUUCUCAAGAAUUACUCUUUCUUGAAUCAAAUGGCGUUUUCCAAGAUCAUGAAGAAGUAUGACAAGAUUACUUCAAGGAAUGCAUCAAAGGCUUAUUUACAGAUGGUAGACAAAUCUUAUCUAGGCAGCUCAGAUGAGGUGUCCAAGCUCAUAGAACGAGUAGAAUCUACCUUCAUUAAGCACUUUUCCAACGGUAACAGAAGAAAAGGAAUGAAGACAUUGAAACCACAAGCUAGACGAGAAAAACACAGGACUACAUUUGUAAUGGGUUUAUUCGUUGGAUGUGCAAUAGCACUUCUGCUGGCUGUAAUUGUGAUCAUACAAGUAAAAAACAUUCUCAAUAGUCCUGGGCGACAAAUAUACAUGGAUAACAUUUUCCCACUUUAUAGCUUUUUUGGGUUAAUUAUCUUGCAUAUGUUAAUGUAUGCUGGAAAUUUAUUCUUCUGGAGGCGAUACCGGGUGAAUUACUCGUUUAUAUUUGGAUUCAAGCCUGGAACUGAACUGGGAUACAGACAAGUUCUUCUACUUGCUUCAGGACUUUCCCUUGUAACAUUGGCUGCUGUCAUCUCCAAUUUGGAAAUGGAGAUUGACCCCAGAACUAAAAACUUCCCAGGUGUAACAGAAUUGGUUCCCUUGGCUCUAUUAUUACUUCUACUUCUCAUCACUUUCUGCCCUUUCAACAUCCUAUAUCAUUCAAGUCGUUUUUUUCUGAUCAAGUGCGCAUUUCACUCGUUCUUGGCUCCUCUCUAUAAGGUUACCCUGCCAGAUUUCUUCUUGGCUGAUCAGCUUACUAGCCAGGUACAAGCUUUGAGAAGCCUGCAAUUCUACAUUUGUUACUACAUGUGGGGUGACUUCAGGAGGAGAAAUUCAAGCACAUGCCUUAAUCAUAAUGUUUUUAAGAUCUUUACUAUAAUUGUAGCAGUUAUUCCAUACUGGCUGCGUUUCCUUCAGUGCAUGAGGCGUUUGGUUGAAGAGAAAGGAAAGGCUCAUAUCUUUAACGGGCUGAAGUAUUUCUUGACAAUAGUGGCGAUCACAGCAAGAACAGGGAAUGAGCUGAAAUGGGGGAAUAUAUGGUUGAUCACGGCAUGGGCAAGUUCGAUUAUUGUUACAAUUCUUGCCACAUAUUGGGACAUUGUGAUUGAUUGGGGGCUACUUAGAAUUCACUCUAAAAAUGCUUUGUUGAGGGAUAAACUCGUCAUUCCACACAAAACCGUCUACUUUGUAGCUAUAGUAUUGAAUAUGAUAUUGAGACUUGCAUGGAUGCAAUCGGUUAUGGGUAUAUAUAAUGUGCCUAUCCUUCAUAGACAGGCCCUAAUUGUUGUAGUCGCAUGCUUGGAGAUAAUUCGACGUGGCAUUUGGAAUUUCUUCAGGCUGGAGAAUGAGCACUUGAACAAUGUUGGCAAGUAUAGGGCGUUCAAAUCAGUGCCAUUGCCUUUCUACUAUGAUCAGUCGACCAAACAUCCUUAAUUAUUUUUUGAAAACUCGAUUCUAUGAUCAGCUAACGGUUGGAAAACAAUUAAGGAACUUAUGCAUGAAUAAAGGCUAGGUUGGUUUUUUAUUGUUAUUUUUGAAGUGAGAAACUUUUCGGUU